UUAGACAAAAAAUUUUGACAUCAUUGACAAUCCAUACAUCCAUCGUCCGAAAUAUAGACUACGUGGCACAGGACAAUUUACACCCAUUUCAUGUUAUCUAAGACAAAGAUAGCAUUAGGCGGGGUGUCUAGUUUCCGAUAGUUCAAAGAGGGCGCUCCACACAAAUUUGGGUAUUGUAUAUAUACCUAACAUCAUUAUCUCUCAUCCUUUCAUCCCUCCUGUCCUGGUCAACAAGCACUUCAAUAUGGAACACGGCUUACGAGUUUUGGUUUUUGCUGCGGUUGUUGUCUCUGCCUUGGCUGUGGACUGCAGUACAAUGCCAGAUGGUGUCUAUGAAGCAGGAUGCAGAUCCUUCGCCAGGUGUACAGGUGCCGAAGUCACCAUUGUUGACUGUGAUAAAGGAAAUGUCUACAACAACGCCACCGGAAGUUGUGAUGAUCCCCACAAUGUUCCCCCGCCUUGUGGAGUUUUUAGAGAUUGUUCUAACAAAAAGGAUGGAAAAUACGCAGAUAUGGACGAGCAUUGUAGGAGUUAUUACACGUGCUUUAAGGGGGCUUUCCUUGGUCACAAUAAAUGUCCUGCAAACUUGGUCUUCAACGAGGACUUACAAACAUGUGAUUGGCCCGAAAGCGUUAAGCCUCCUUGUGGAUCAAAAUCACCAUGAUUCAAGCUGUAGGAUUCUUUUCUUCACGACAUUGGUUUAUAUAUUAUUCGCGUCAGCUAAUGGGCAGGCUGCUUAUAGGAAUGGUUGGACUUCGUUCUCAUUUCAACUUCUCUUUCGUGUUUUUAAUUAUGUAAAAUAUUUAUUAAUUUAAUAAAACUAUUAAUAAUAUAUACAUGAUAAAUUAUUGUCAAUAAAAUAUGUAUCUUCCUUUUUUUUUUUUUUUGUUGCUUUUGAUAUAGCAAUAUACUUGAUCAUCAAAUUUACCAUCAUACUCAAGGUAAUGAACAGUGAUCAAUCUCAUAACUUCUCCACCUCUGGUGUAUCCAGGGGUCCGUGUUUGCCCAACUCUCUAUUUUGUACUGCUUAUAUGAGUUAUGAUAUUGAUCCCUGUUCGUAAUCUUCACCUUUUUAUAAAGAGUACAAAAUUAAGAGUAGGGCAAACACAGACAUCUAGACACACCAGAGGUGGGAUCAGGUGCCUAGGGAGAGAAAGCAUCUACUGGUCACACCC